GUGUGGAAUGAGGCUGGGUGUGCGUAAAGGGCAGAGCAGAGCAGCAAGAGAUGGGCACGAUGCGUCUAUGAUUUGUCACAGCUGUCAAACCACGGCAACCCGACAAAGUGCGCAACACCCGAGCUGCUGGGCUGUUGAGGGGUCGCGUGCCAAGCGAUAAGAUAAGAUCUGGCGAAUUCUCGGAGCUCGCUAGGCCCUCCACACCUGGCAUCGAAUUUCGCACUGCAAGCUGCGUCACGCAACGAACGAACACUCCCACGACAACACCCUUUGCUGACUUCUAGGUUUAACAUCUUCGAAUCAGCCCAUCAUGGUCAAGAAGCGAGCGUCCAACGGCCGUAACAAGAAGGGUCGCGGCCACGUCAAGCCCAUCCGUUGCUCCAACUGCUCCCGAUGCACCCCCAAGGACAAGGCGAUAAAGAGAUUCACCAUCCGCAACAUGGUCGAGUCUGCCGCUAUCCGUGAUAUCUCGGAUGCGUCCGUCUUCCCCGAGUACACCGUUCCCAAGAUGUACUUGAAGCUCCAGUACUGCGUCUCCUGCGCCAUCCACGGAAAGAUCGUGCGUGUCCGCUCGGUCGUCGGUCGCCGCAACCGUGCCCCUCCCCCACGUGUCAGGUACAACAAGGACGGAAAGAAGAUCAACCCCAACCAGGCCGCUGCUAAGACCACGACUGCAUAGAGGAUUGAUGGGUUCGGGAAGUGAUUGAUCAUGGCGCUUGGUAUGGGUCUCACGGUUCUUUCGGAAUCUCGUACGGCUGAAAUGCAUGAAUCCACGAAAGAUUAUGCAGGCCAAUGUGAUGAUUCAUGGUGGCAAGCUUGCUCGGAAUGGAAUGCUGCGGGCACCAGGGGC